AGAUUCCAAUUUCAUUAUGGUGAUAAAAUGAACUGAGGUCGUCCCUCCACGCCUACCAUCCCAGCAGUGCCUCCUUCAAGGAACCCGUCCACGCCCUCUUCAGGAUCCUGCCCACGACCUCUUCAGAAUACCACGCCCUCUUCGGGAUCCCGCCCACGCCUUCCUUAGGAUCCCGCCCACGCCCUCCUCAGGAUCCCGCCCACGCCAUCCUCAGGAUCCCGCCCACGCCCUCUUCGGGAACCCGUCCGCGACCUCCUUUCGGGGUCUUCGUCAGCCUGGCCGUUAGUCCUCGCCCACCACAUUAGCCAUGACUGUGAUCUAUACAGAUAAGCUCGCCAGCCGAGGCGGCUUCGGGUCUUUCUGGAAAUUACUUAGCAAAUGGCGAGGUAGUGUUUACAAGAUGGUGUGGCAAGAUAUGCUGGCAUACGUCAUCCUGUACUACAGUCUCUCCUUAAUAUAUCGUUUUGCUUUGCCCGAGGAUUAUAAAAGGGAUUUUGAGAGUUUCGUAAUACACUGUGCGCGCUUCCGGAAUCUGAUCCCCGUCUCCUUCGUGCUCGGUUUCUAUGUCUCUCUCGUCGUGAAUCGCUGGUGGGGCACGUACCAGAGCCUUCCCUGGCCGGAUACCCUGUCCAUUCUCGUCUCUACGCAUGUUAAAGGAGAGGACAACGCCGCCAAGGAGAUCCGAGGGACGAUCCUGCGCUACGUCAACCUCACCAUCGCCCUCACCUUCGCCAUGGUAUCGCCCGUUGUCAGGAACGAAUACCCGACGCCACAGCACUUCGUCAAUGCGGGUUACAUGACCGUGAGCGAGUUGGAAAUCCUGGACGACCUCGAGAAGAAGACGACGCAGCACAAGACGUGGGUGCCGAUCAUGUGGGCGUGCAGGCUGGUGGACAAAGCCAGGGAAGAGGGGCGAGUGAGGAGCGCCGCCGCCCAGAAAAUGAUAAUGGACGAGAUCCUCAAAGUCCGGGGGAGCUGUGGCGGUCUCUUGGGCUGGAACACGUAUAAUAUUCCUCUUGUUUACACGCAGGUCGUGACGAUCGCCGUGUACAGCUUCUUCCUGUUCUCCCUCAUCGGCGAGCAGUUCCUGGACCCCGCCCAACAGUAUUACAAAGAAGCCAGCAUCGAUCUCUACGUCCCUAUCUUCGCCCUUCUUCAGCUCUUCUUCUACGUCGGCUGGCUCAAGGUGGCCGAGGCGCUGCUGAACCCCUUCGGAGCGGACGACCACGAUUUCGAGUUCCUGCCUCUUUUGAAGCGACAUACUGAGAUUUCGCGCAUGUUGACGGAGCCUUUGUCCAACGAGCUCCCCGCCUUACUCCAAGGGAAGAAGGAGGACCUCACCACGCCUGUCGAAGCCAUCGACGAAGAAGAGGUGGAGAACCAGGACUUCUUCUUGGUGAAACCCGACAGCCCCGUCAGGACUCUGAGCAGCAGCGUAACCUAUGUGACUUGCCAGAUGAACGAGGUUAACAUGCAGAAUGACGUCUGAGUUGCCACAGAAAGCUUAUUUUUUUACUCUUCCUUUUUAUAUUAGGUUCUGUGGGUGACUUAGAGGUACGUCUCUUUUGUUGUUAUUUGUAAAGUUACUGUCGUUCUACUAUUUUACUAUAUUUUAGAAUUGUUUUUUUACUUGUGAGUAGUACUUUAUCAACUGACAAUUUUUUAGGUGCUAAAUGUGCAUUACUGUUGUAUGACAUCAAACGCUUUGCAUCUGUCUCGCUUUCAAUAUUUUUCAUAAUAAACAUUGAUAAUUAAU